ACUUGCAGGAUGUAGCCUUCAAUGACGGGUUUCAAGAAAGCAAUAAUGGAGAAAAGGGUCUAUAGUUCAACAUGUGCACAAAGGGAUUAUCGAAAACAAGAAUGUGGGUACGUGUGAAUGAACUGAAUUGUGUGUGUGGUCACUGAAACUGGCGUAUUUGAACUUUACCCCUUAUGAUGACCGAAACAAAGUACACUAUUCAAGUACUUCUCAAACUGACUCACUCAGUGUUGACAUAGUGGAAUUGAAACCACCUACCUAUGGUGAAGACGUCGGACCGAAAUAGCAGCCUUCAAACACAUGAAAUAGGACAACGAUUACUUCACCAAAAUGAAAUGACUCAGAUGACUGACAGGAAGAGUGACUUCCUCCGUUGCCUUUUGACAAUGUUGCCUGUCCACAUUCCACUACUCUAUUCUCAGGUAGGACUGAGCGAUAUACAGAGUAUACCUGUGCGUUCUGGCUGAGUUUCAGGCAGUCAUCAGCUUCCAGUGGACUUGUGCUAUCCAGACCAUAACAACUGACUUUAGACUGUACCUGAGCAGUCUUGGACUGGACUAUAGAAAGAUUCUGAUCCUCUCAAUUUCUUUAUUUCUACACCUGAGGGACUUUGAACAUGUAAACAGGCACUCAUGUUCCCCUGUAACAUACACGGCUACUGUAUAAUAUCAACAGUGUCUAUAAUAAGGGGAAGAAGUUGGACACUUAACAGCGACUCUGUUGUAAACAGUUGAGGGAAGGUGCAGUACCAGGAGAUAGGCCUACUAGGCAGGAUGAGUUCCAGGGGGGCCAGACUCUCUUCUCCCUCCAGCUCGCUGGAGCGUCCAGCGUCACAGGACUCACAGGACUCCAUGGAGGACUACUGGAGCGAGGUGAAAAACAUCGAGGAGGAUGGCGAGCGGGCCCACGAGGACCUGCUGGAGAGGGGCAGCAUGGAUGAGGCCGAGCUUGAGGAGGCGUGGCUGCAGGAGGCGGGUCUGUCCACAUUGGUGUCGGGGGAGUUGGGGGAGGGUCCUGCAGAGGCGCUGCUCUCCACGCUGACGCGCUCGCAGGCAGCCAUGGUGAAGAAGCGUGUGGACAACUACACCCUGACCAUGAGGAAGAGGAACAAGCAACCGGCCAGACACGUCCAAGACGUCUUCUCCACGCCAGAUACAUUGUUGGUUGAUCCCAUACUGCCAGUGUCCCCCAAGUCACCCAAUGGACACAUGCCUUCCAGAUGCAUCCACCGGACGUCUUCAAGAGUGCGGCCUGCUUUUCCCAGUUUCUCCCCGGUGGAGAGACGUGUUUCAGAGUGCCCUCCCCCUCAGGAGACCUCUGACACCCUGUCUUUCCAAGUGCCUUACUCCGAGGGCGUCACUGCCCACCGCAGGGGCCGCCAGGGGGACUGCCAGGACUGCCAACGCAUCCGCAGAGAUGACCCCGACCUGCCUACAUUUCAGCUGCCUAGGCCUAAACUAGGCCUCACCCACAUCCAAGAUCUGUCUUGUGAGGACAUGAAGAAGAUCGGCUACAUCUCUCUGAUUGAACUGACCACGUUCUACGACUGCCUGGGCAUUGAGCUCAAACGCAACCGAGCAGCACGCAGCAAGGCUAGAGAAAGUGGUAUAUUUGGAGUUCCCCUGACCACUCUACUGGAGAAUGACCAGAAGAAAUGCCCCGGGUCCAAGGUUCCUCUCGUCUUCAGAAAGCUCUUGUCCAAGCUGGAGCAGACAGGACUACAAACAGAGGGGAUUCUCAGAGUACCAGGGUCUGCAUCCAGAGUAAAGCAUCUGCGCCAGGAGCUGGAGCAGAAGUUCUAUGAGGAACGGUUUGACUGGGAGCAGGUGAGGCACAAUGACGCAGCGGGCCUGUUGAAGAUGUUCAUCAGAGAGCUGCCUUAUCCUCUGCUCACUCUCCAGCACUUACCGGCCUUCGCCGCUGCACAGAGUGUCUCCUCUCCCAGACACCAGAUCCAGGCCCUGCACCUCCUCAUCAUGCUGCUCCCUGAGCCCAACAGAGACACACUCAAGGCCCUGCUGGAGUUCCUGAGGAAGGUGGUAGCCUAUGAAGAGAAGAACAGGAUGAGUCUGUGGAACGUGUCCAUGAUCGUGGCUCCCAACCUCUUCACCUACCGGGGCAAGAACGCCAAGCAGGAGGAGAUGCAGGGGGCAGCCGGGGCGGCCCACCUCGUACGGCUACUCAUCACAUACCAAGAACUGCUCUGGACCGUGCCCUGCUUUCUCAUCUCCCACGUGAGGAAGUUGAAUGAGGCUAGCAAGAAGCCACCCAGCUCAGAGAAGACCAAAAGGAAGCUGCUACUGAUGAGGAAGAGGAACGCUGAGAAGACUGAGAGGAGCGAGUUGACUGACCUCCGAGAAGGGGUCAUCAGGGUUCACGCCCCACUACACGCUAAGAUCUCCAUGGCGAUCCAGUUGGACAAUGAGACCAAGGCCAAAGAUGUGACGGCGCGCUUCGAUUAUGAGAACGGUCGUGGCUCCAGAAGCACUAGCCAGAGGCCAGUACAGUAUUUGUUUGAGGUCGGAGGAAACAUAGGCGAGCGCUGCUUGGACCCUGAGACUCACCUACUAGACGUGUACCAUGUGAAUCCGCACUGUGAAUGGCUUUUAAAACCCAAGACCACGUGAGAAAUGAGGACUCACUCACUCAACACAGUCAGCAAACUGUACCACUGCCCUCUUGUGGUUGUCCUGGUGAACUGAGCAUGCAUGGAGGCCUUGUUGACUAUAGGUUCAGUUGAGGUUUUAUCCUGAACUAUGGACCACUAAAAAGAGCAAGAGCUGAAAGAGGAACUAUGGAGAGAGACAUUCUCCUCCUGAAGGAAGGACUCAGCAUAGGCCAUGUUCGUGGGAUUGAACCUUAUAACAAACUACUAAAUAGGACAGGAUCUCUAUACUCUGACUAGCUGGGUUCUGGAUGGAAGUAUUUGGAGGUGGGACAGCUUUGUGAAGACAUGCCCCCCAUAUGUGACUGACGACAUCCCAUUGCUUGCCAUUUGAAUUUUUUUGUGCCAGAUAUUCACCUCCUGGGUUGUUCUACCAAUUCAGUGCCUUUUGAGGACACUAACUUAUUUUACACUACCAUUUCACUAUUAGAUACCACUUCAUGCAAGACCCAGUUAACAUUUACUUGCUAUAUUUAUACCACUAAUUUAUCCUGCUUAUUGUAUUAUUACACAUACUCCAUAUAACUUUUUUUUAAUCAUUUAUAAGAGCAGCAUAUUGAUUGCAAAAGCAUUGGGAGUGAGGAGAUUCAGAAGACUAGCAGUUUGGGUUGUUGAGUUCAUGAUGGUGAGGGACACGUGGAGAUGGGAUGACCUGAUACUGAAUACAGACAUUGGCUCCGUCUGAAACGUUGUAACAGCUUCGUUUCAUGGUCUCCUGUCUUGCUUACCACUGAUCUGUGUCUAGAACUGAUCAGGACAAGGCAGGUGAAAACAACAUAGUGGAAACCUAUCCAGUCCUUUCACCUGUCAGCUCAUGUCUUUGAUGACCACUAAGGAGAGGAAGUGGUUUCAGAGUACUGAGACGUAGGCCCACAUCAGGACUGUGACCAACGAUUCAGGCUAUUGUCAAGGCCACCUUUUUUGCUUUUUGGAUUUGCAUGUUGAGCACUAAAAUAAAAAGGUCCAGAACUUAAACAUCUCCCUCCUGACACAUCGCCCCGCCCCAAUGGACUGUGAAUGUUGUACAUGUGACUUGUAGAAAACAAUGUACACACUACACUAUGACUUAACAACCCUUUCAACUAAUCCUGUAUGUCCGGUCUACAUAAGAGACAUGCAUUAUUAAUGAACUAAACUGACUUUGCAUGCCUGGGGAGUGCUUACAAUACUUCCUCUAAUGAAGGAAAGGAGAAAAGGCAUAGAGUGGCCAUAAAAAAAAGGCCCUACAUAGCAGUGUUUGCCUGUUAGCCUGGCUUCCAAACUGAUUUCGCUACAUUUCACCAUCGUUUAAUUUCAACCGAUGGUAAGCGCAGUGUUCAGUCUGGUUUAACCAGGCUAGCCCUCGCUUGCUUAUGAACUUGUGAAUGUUUACUUACAGGGCAUGUAUGGUUUAGCCCAAUCAACCUCUCUCCACUUUAUUUUACUCUGUGGUCUUAGGAAUUCAAUGUUUGCCAGCCUGUGGUUUUUGUUGUUAAAGUAUUCUGUGCUUCCAAAUUAACCUGCAGCAAAUGCAUCGACAAAGGUCGUAAUGUUGAUAUGACGUUGUGCAGGACUUUUUUUUUAUUAUUUUCAUCCUUCCAAAGCCAGUGUGAAAACAUUUUUUUGUAAAUGAUUGUGCACCAUAGACUCUAUGUGUGUAUUUUCUGUAUAUAGAAUACUGAUUUAGCAUUUUUUUAAUUUGCAUUUAUUUUAUGAAUAUUAUUUGACCACUGUUGACAGUUUUGGCCAAGUGGCACAAUGUAUCUGACACAGUAACAACUGAAUAUAACGUCAAGUUAAAAAUUGA